GUACUUUAGCUACAGCCAGACAAAUAUUUGCUUCUUGAGGCUGAACUACAAGGCUGAUACAGGAUAUGGACGGAAAUGAUUUGCCACUUGUUAAAAUCGAACCAAAACAAGAAGAAGAAAUCCAUUCCGAUCUUGUAGAUAAAAUUUUAGUAAGCAACGAAGCAUCCUUUACAAUAAAGGACGAAAUUACCACGCUUGAUAAUGAGGCAGUACAACAACAAACUGAUUUAAAGCAUAUCAAUUUUCAGGAUUUUAAAUGUGCUAAUUGUGAUUACAAGACAACUAACAAAAUCAACCUUAAACGACAUCUUUUAAAACAUUUCAAUGCUAGAGGUUUUAAGUGUGCAAAUUGUUAUUACGAGACAAGUAACAAAUACUACUUUAAACAACACCUGAAGAAUCAUAUAAAUUCUAAUGAUUUUAAAUGUGCCUAUUGUGAUUAUGAGACAAAUAACAAAUACCGUCUGGAAAGACACAUUUUAACACACAAACGUAGUAAUGUAAAUGUCUUGAAAUGUGCUCAUUGUGAUUAUGACACAAAUAACAAAAUCAACUUUAAAUUACAUCUUUUAAAACAUACUGAGUACAAAGAUUUCAAAUGUGCUAGUUGUGAUUACCAGACAAAUAACAAGUACAACUUUAAACGACACCUUAAAAAACAUUCAGAUUCUGAUAAUUUUAAUUGUGCUCAUUGUUAUUACGAGACGCAUAGUAAACAACUGCUUAAAAGGCACAUUUUAACACACAAACUUUCUGGUAAUGUAAAUGUUCUAAAAUGUACUAAUUGUCUUUACGAGACGGCUAACAAAAUCUACUUUAAACGACAUCUUUUAAAGCAUACCGUUACUAAAGAUUUUAAAUGUGCUAAUUGCGAUUACGAGACAUAUAGCAAAGACUACUUUAAACAACACCUUUUAAAUCAUUCCGAUUUGAAAGAUUUUAAAUGUGGUAAUUGUGGAUACAAGACAAGUAACAAAUACUACUUUAACCGACACCUUAAAAAUCAUACGGCUUCUAUUGAUUUCAAAUGUUCUCAGUGUGAUUACGAAACACAUAAUAAACAACAGCUUAAAAAACACAUUUUAACACACAAACUUUCUAGUAAUAUAAAUGUACUAAAAUGUACUCAUUGUGUUUACGAGACAAUUCACAAAUACUGCUUUAAAAAACACGAGUUAAAUCAUACCGAUUCUAAAGAUUUUAAAGGACAUUCUAGUAAUAUAAAUGUGCUAAAAUGUGCUAAUUGUGAUUACCAGACAAAUUACAAAAACAACUUUAGACGACACUUUUUAAAGCAUAUUGAUUCUAAACAUUUUAAAUGUGCUCAUUGUGACUACGAGACAAAUGACAAAUACCACUUUGACGAACACGUUUUAAAACAUAAAGUUUCUAAAGAUUUUAAAUGUGUUCAUUGUGAUUAUGGCACAAAUAGUAAACAAUGUAUUAAACAACAUCUCUUAAAACAUACUGAUUCUAAAAAUUUUAAAUGCGCUCAUUGUGAUUUCGAGACAAAUUACAAAUUUAGCCUUAAACAACACUUUUUAAAUCAUACGGAUUCCAAAGUCUUUAAAUGUGCUCAUUGCGAUUACGAGACAGUUUACAAACACCACUUUAAACGACAUCUUUUAAAACAUAACGUUUCUAAAGUUUUUAAAUGUGCUGAUUGUGAUUACAAGACAAAUUACAAAUACAACUUUAAAAGACACCUUUUAAAACAUAAAGAUUCUAAACAUUGUAAGCGUGCUAAUUGAGAUUAUGAGACAUGUUAAACGACACGACAAACAUUUAAAAUCUUGGCUUUAUGUUUGUGGAUGUGGACUGAAUUAGAAAUAUGCCAGUUUUUAUGGUUAAGCAAUUUUCCAGUAAUCUCAGGUGCUAACUAUUUGAUGAAAGUGCAAUGAUUUGAUCUUUGUCAUUCUGAUUGCCAGUCUUAAGAGAUAAACUCAAAUGCAAUAUUGAUUGGUAAUUUUUCUAUGAUUCCAAAGUUUCCACUUUGUUUUGUUUUUCAGAGUAGGUUUUGCGUUAGAGUUAGGAACACUUGAUUUGUAUUAAAUGUAACAAAAUGUGAAUUUAUAAACAUCUAAUAGCUCAGGUUAUUAACUUUAUUAUUAUUCAUAGUUUCUAAUUGUUUAUUUGUUAAUGAAUGAUCACCCUGCUUCAUAUAUUCUUUUCUUUAGAGUUUAUUAUACAAUUUUUUUUGUUUUGUUUUUAUAUAUUAUCAGGUUAUCUACUACAAUGUUCAACUUGUAUUUAAUUCUUUUUCUUUUAAAUUAUAAUGUAUAAUGC